ACAUGUCGCCAGUCGUGUUACUCCUUUAUGCUGCCUUACUUUCAUGUAAAAAAAAAUAAAAAAAUAAAAAAUAUAUGUCGUCCGUAAGAAAAGUAGCCACGAGUGGUUGCAGAAUGUCUUGGUGUUCUUGAACGCACCACCGAUACUGAUGAAGGGGGAUAAUGGCUGCCCAGGAGCCGUCUCCUCCAUCUUCCCUGGAAGGGAACAAGCCUGGCUUCCCCAAGAACAUUCUGGCCAACCACCUGGAGGACAAGCAUUUGUGCAACUCCUGCCUUAAAGUCCUGAGGAGGCCAUUGCAGGCGCAGUGUGGCCACCGCUUCUGUUGCUUCUGCUUCCAUCAGCUCGUCAGUUCUGGACCGGAAAAAUGCAACGCUUGCAUCAAAGAAGAUUUAUUUGAAGAACCCACCUCCAUUCUCAAGCCCGGAGGUGCUUUUGCAGACAACGCAGCACGGAGGGAAGUGGAGGCCUUGGCAGCCGUCUGUCCCAACGAAGGGUGCACGUGGACCGGGACCAUCAAGGACUUUGAGGCCAGCCAUGAGGGGCUGUGUGACUUCGCCAUCAUCCUGUGUCCUUCCUGCAAAGAGUUGAUGCGAGCCAACGAGCAGGAACGCCACGACCAGCGAGAAUGUCCGGAGAGGGCGCUCAACUGCAAAUAUUGUAAAGAAAGCUUCCUUUUGAAGGACAUCAAGGCUCACGAUGAGAUUUGCCCCAAGUACCCGAUGAUGUGUGAAGGCUGUGCCAAGAAGAAAAUCCCCAGAGAAAAGUAUGUGGACCAUAUUAAGUUCUGCAGUAAAUGUAAAGCCGCAUGCAGAUUUCAUGUUGUUGGCUGCCAUACAUCUGUGGAGAAGGAGAAGAUCCCCGACCAUGAGCGCCAGUGUUCCUACGAGCACCUCAACCUGCUCCUGCACUUCAUCAUGGGCAUCAAGGUGAGCCUGGAGAGCCUGCAGCCUCACAGCCUGGAGGUGGCCGGCCACAAGCUGCAGGAGCUCCACCAGUCCCUGAGAGACUUGGAACUCAGGAUGAGUCAGCUGGGCGGGGGAGGCGCCUCGGCCUCGACGCAGGACGGGAAGGUGGCCGAGCUGAGCCGGCGUUGCCAGGAGCUGGAGCUGAAAGUCAACACCUUCGAGAACAUCGUCUGCGUGCUCAACCGUGAGAUGGAGCGCUCCUGCAGCACCAUGGAGGCCUCCAACCGCCAGCACAGACUGGACCAGGACAAGAUUGAGAUCCUCAGUAACAAGGUCCGUCAGCUGGAAAGAACCGUGAGUCUGAGGGACUUGUCCAUCGUGGAGAUGGAGGGCAAGAUGAAGGAGAUGUUGGCCGCCACGUACGACGGCAUCUUCGUUUGGAAGAUCUCCGACUUCGCCAAGAAGCGGCAGGACGCCGUAGCCGGCCGAGCUCCCGCCAUGUUCUCCCCAGCCUUUUAUAGCAGCAAAUACGGCUACAAGAUGUGCUUGCGCAUCUACCUGAACGGCGACGGGACGGGACGAGGCAGCCACUUGUCCCUGUUCUUUGUGGUGAUGAGAGGACACAGCGACGCCCUCCUCAAGUGGCCCUUUCAUCAGAAGGUCACCUUAAUGCUGCUGGACCAGAACAACAGGGAACACAUCAUAGAUGCCUUCCGGCCCGACAUCUCUUCCUCGUCCUUCCAGAGGCCGGUCAGCGACAUGAACAUCGCCAGUGGCUGCCCGCUCUUCUGUCCUCUCUCCAAGCUGGAGUCCAAGAACUCUUACGUCCGCGAUGACACCAUCUUCAUCAAGGCCAUCGUAGACCUGACUGCGCUGUAGGUUAGACUCCACGUCUGUUCAUAAUUGACCUGAUCAAGAGUCAUGGUGUUUGCUUCUGGACCUUACUUGAAUUCCAUGAAUUCCCAGUGCAGCACUUGCAAGGUGUGUGCGUGUUUGUAUGAGUCUACUUUCAGUCAAGCUAAUUUGCCAAAUUCCAACAGAUAUAUACCGUAUUUUACGGACUAUAGAGCGCACUGGUAUUAAAGCCACACCCACUAAAUUUGAAAAAAAUAAAAUAAAAUCCAUAUUUUAGUCGCACCAGACUAUAAGUCGCAUAUACAUACAUUGUGAAAUUAGUUAUUUACACAGAAAUAUUCUGUAAAUGUUUAUUCACAUACCUUAAUUGUUUCCAAACGGUGUCUGUAACACGGCAGUAAAACGGCUUAUCAAACAAAACAGAAGUCAUGGACUCCCCAGCUGCACAAGCUAGCUCUCCAUUAAGCUUAACAGACUCAAUAACUCUACGGUGACGUUUUGGUUAAUUUACUGAGGAAUUUGUGAAAGUGAAACAAUACAAAAAGAAUGCUACUGUGUGUUAAUAAUAAUAACACAGACACUCAUAAACAUGUUAGCAUAUUAGCUAAUGCUAAUGAUGAUAGCAGGUACAAAUACACAUGAAAACACUCCUAAAGACCUCACACAUGGGAUGGUUUAGUCAUAAUUGUUGUAGUUAUAUUUUAAAACUUACAAACGUUGCUUGGAUCGAUGAAUAGAGAAUCCAUCUGAGUAGAGAAAAAAAGCACUUCCAAUAAACGGAAGGACACCGCAGCACCUGCAGUGAGCGAAUUCAUCCACAAGAUGCCGCCAUUGCACAAACUAUAAAACGCUGUGUUUUUGCUUGUUCCUUUUUGUAAACACAAUUAUUUUUAUUUAUGCCGUCAGCGUAAAAAAUUCAAUACAUUUUACGCCGCAGGGGUCAAAGUGUAGGAAAAAAGUAGCGAACCCAUUAGCUGCACAGGCUAGCUCUCCAAUCAUCUAAACAGACUCAAUAACUCCACAGUGACGUUUUGGUGAAUUUACUGAGGAAUUUGUGAAACUGAAACAAUACAAAAAGAAUGUUAUUGUAUGUUAAUAAUACUAACACAGACACUCGUAAACUUGUUAGCAUAUUAGCUAAUGCUAAUGACGAUAGCAGGUACAAACAUGCAUGAAAACACUCCUACAGACAUCACACAUGGGGCGGUUUAGUCAUAAUUCUUGUAGUUAUAUUGUAAAACUUACAAACAAUGCUUGGAUCGAUGAAUGGAGAAUCCAUCUGAGUAGAGAAAAAAAGCACUUCCAAUAAACGGGAAGGACACCGCAGCGCCUGCAGUGAGCGAAUUCAUCCACAAGAUGCCGCCAUUGCACAAACAAUAAAACACGGUUUGUUUUUGCCGGAUUCUUUUUUUAAACAAUUAUUUUAUUACUGCCGUCAGCGAACAAAAAUCAAUACAUUUUAAGUCGCAGGGGUCAAAGCGUAGGAAAAAAGUCGCGGCUUGUAGUCCGUAAUUUACGGUAUUAAUCUUGUUGACUUUAUCUCAGCGUUUGUGUGCUUCAUUUGGGAUCCAAGGUCUAUUUUAGUCUUCGUACGUACUUGUUUGUGUAUAAGUUUAUAUUUCACCUUAAUAAUUGUUUAUCUUACUUUAUUUUUUGACAUAUUUAUUAACAACACAUGGGAUCUAAGAAGAGCUUUUUGACUGUAAAAUCUCUAACUAAAUUUGAAGUUUAUUAUCGGCUAAAAUGCAAAUAUAAUAAGUGUUGUUAAUAGUUGAAUGGGUCUUCACACCUUGUGCAACUCUGGAUUGAAGCGGGUCGGCGCACAGCAACACGUCAUUCUCAAUGCCCCGACCCACCAUCAAACGAUUCCAGAAGAUCGGAGCAUGUGGAAGGAAGUUGUAGUUAUAUUGUAAAACUUAUCAUUUUCCACCACCAGGGGCAUUACUGGUGUCGAUAUCGUGACAUGAUCAGUUACCCACCUUAAAGCCUCAAAUCAGUUGGAAAGUAGAGCUGAUCAUUGCAAGUCAAGUCAUGACAGAUUGACGGUUGAUGGCGAGGAGCCAAGAACAGGUAUGAACGGGUACUGACCCAUCCAGCACUUCGAGGGGACAUCUUCUUUAUUUGAACCAAUUCUGAUCGAGAUCUGAGUUUGUGGAGCCCAGUUACAAACGUUUGGACGUUUUGUGGCGAACCAUCGGAUCAAAGUUUGCCGCCAUGCCACGCCCACAUGUUACGGCGUAGGAAAAAAUUCCUUUGAGGUUCUUCAUCACUCAUCUGUCUACUAUCUGUCAUUUUAUUUGCGGCUCAUUUGGUUAAAUUUCCUAGGACGAGUUCAUUAAAGUACCACCCCUGUUUUUGGCCUAAAUAUGGCCGACGAACACCAAGAUGGCCGACUUCCUGAUUGUCUUUUUAAAUAGGGGUUUUUGAGACUAGCCUGUAUAAAUAUAAUGACAUAAUGAAGGCGUCAUCAUUAUCGUUUGAACCAAAUCUUAUCGAGAUCGGAGUUUGUGGAGCCGAGUUACAAAUGUUGGAAAUUUUGUGGCGAACCAUUGGAUCAAAGAUUGGCGCCGUGCUACGCCCACAUGUUAUGGCGUAGGAAAAUUUCCUUUGAGGUUCAUCAUCGCCCAUCUGUAUAGUAUCCGUCAUUUCAACCUCGGUUUGUUUGGCCCAAGUCCCUAGGACGAGUUCGGUAAAGUACGACCCGUUUUCGGCCUAAAAAUGGCAGACAGACACCAAGAUGGUCGACAUUCUGAUUGUAUUCUUAAAUAGAGGUUUUUGAGACUAACCCGUAUAAGUAUAAUGACAUAAUGACAGUCUGAUGGUUUAUGACCAGGAGCAUUGUUCUUCCCGCCCAUUCACGAAUGGGUACUGACCCAUCUAGAACUUUAAGGUGUCACCAUCAUCAUUUGAUCCAAAUCUUAUCGAGAUCUGAGUUUGCGUAGCCGAGUUAUAAAUGUUGGGAGUUUUGUGGCGAACCAUCAAGUCAAAGUUUGGUCACUUUAUCAUCGCCUGUCCGUCUAGUAUCUGUCUUUUUAACCACGGUUUGUGUGGUCCACAAAUAGUUAAAGAUCGUUAAAGUACCACCCCUGUUUUCGGCCUAAGAAUGGCAGACGGACACCAAGAUGGCCGACUUCCUGAUUGUCUUUUUAAAUAGUUUUUUUUUUUUUUUAGACUAGCCCGCAUAAGUAUAAUGACAUAAUUAAGGUGUCACCAUCGUUAUUUGAACCAAAUCUUCUCGAAAUCUGAGUUCGUGGAGCCGAGUUAUGAAUGUUGGAAGUUUUGUGGCGAACCAUCGGAUCAAAGUUUGGCGCCAUGCCACGCCCACAUGUUAUGGCGUAGGCAAAAUUCCUUUGCAACUUAUCAUUGCCCAUCUGUCUACUAUCUGUCAUUUUAUUUACAGCUCAUCUGGUUACAUUUCCUAGGACGAGUUCAUUAAAGUACGACCCCUGUGUUUCGCAGAAAAAUGGCCAAACACCCUUGGAUCAAGGUUUGGUGCCUUGCCACGCCCACAUCUUAUGUCGUUGAAAAAAUUCCUUUGAGCUUCAUCAUCGUCCAUCUGUCUAGAGUCCGUCAUUAAAACCACGGUUUGUUUGGUCCAAGUCCCUAGGACGAGUGUGUUAAAGUAGGACCCCUGUUUUUCGCUGAAAAAUGGCCAAAAACCAUCGGAUCCAAGUUUGGCGCCAUACCACGCCCACAUCUUAUGGCGUAGAAAAAAAUCCUUUGAGGUUCAUCAUCAUCCAUCUGUCUAGUAUCCGUCAUUAAAACCAUGGUUUAUUUGGUCUAAGUCCCUAGGACGAGUUUGUUGAAGUAGGAACCCUUGUUUUUCGCUGAAAAAUAGCCAAAAACCAUCAGAUCAAAGUUUGGUGCAAUGCCACGCCCACAUCUUAUGGUGUAGGCAAAAUUCCUUUGAGGUUCAUCAUCGUCUAUCUCUUUAGUAUCCGUCAUUAAAACAGCGGUUUGUUUGGUCCAAGUCCCUAAGACGAGUUUGUUAAAGUAGGACCCCUGUUUUUCGCUGAAAAAUAGCCAAAAACCAUCGGAUCAAAGUUUGGCGCCACGCCACGGCCACAUCUUAUGGUGUAGGCAAAAUUCCUUUGAAGUUCAUCAUCGUCUAUCUCUGUAGUAUCCAUCAUUAAAACUGCAGUUUGUUUGGUCCAAGUCCCUAGGAUGAGUUCGUUAAGGUAGGACCCCUGUUUUUCGCUGAAAAAUGGACAAAAACCAUCGGAUCAAAGUUUGGCGCCAUGCUACGCCCACAUGUUAUGGCGUAGGAAAAUUUCCUUUGAGGUUCAUCAUCGCCCAUCUGUAUAGUAUCCGUCAUUUCAACCGCGGUUUGUUUGGUCCAAGUUCCUAGGACGAGUUUGUUAAAGUAGGACCCAUGUUUUUCGCUGAAAAAUGGCCAAAAACCAUCGGAUCAAAGUUUGGCGCCAUACCACGCCCACAUCUUAUGGCGUAGAAAAAAAUCUUUUGAGGUUCAUCAUCGUCCAUCUCUCUAGUAUCCGUCAUUAAAACCGCGGUUUGUUUGGUCCAAGUUCCUAAGACGAGUUUGUUAAAGUAGGACCCCUGUUUUUAGCUGAAACAUGACCAAAAACCAUUGAAUCAAAGUUUGGCGCCAUACCACGCCCACAUCUUAUGGCGUAGGAAAAUUUCCUUUGAGGUUCAUCAUCGCUGAUCUCUCUAGUAUCCGUCAUUAAAACCGCGGUUUGUUUGGUCCAAGUCCCUAUGACGAGUUCGGUAAAGUACGACCCGUUUUCAGCCUAAAAAUGGCAGACAGACACCAAGAUGGCCGACUUCCUGUUUGUCUUCAAAUACUUUUACGUGCACUCUGUCAUGAUAGCGAUUUUCCUGAAUCUCAUUUUCAAGGGGGCGCUAAGGAGUGAAUUUAGAAAUUUUGCGCUCGGGACCCCAAAGUAGCGAAUCUCUCGCCAGACUUGGGGCGUUUUCUUACUCAAGGGCCUCAGAAAUGCCUUGGAAGGUGGAGAAUAAUAAUAAUAAAGCCAUUUUGAUAAAGCCUUCACAGAUUUUUGUGUGGAAUCAUUCCAAAAUGCCUAUACCCAAAUGAAGCAAACAACAGAGUUCAGUAGUUGUCCACAAGGUGGCAGUGUUUACUCCCCCUCAGAUGAGUAGAAAGGCUUAUUUGACACUUUUAUUUUGAAAGAAUGCUGUCUGAAUAAAUAUGUGUCACAUAUCAAGUUAAGAAUGUGUUCCAUCUUUAUGUGGUUUUUCAGCAAAGCAUGAACUGAAUUUAACAAAAUAGCAGCGUGUGUCGGUUCUAAAAAGCGUCACUUUUUCGACGUACUGUGGAUGUUUUUGUGUCAAAAUGUGUAGCAGCAAACGUGUAAUUGUCGUACUUUGUACUCAUGACUCUAAUGAUCCACUAUUUGCGGAAGUGCCUGUAACUUUUUGUUGAAUUUCAAAGUCAAAAUACAACUAGACUGCUUUUAUUCUGAAAGGGUCUGUUUGCAACCCUUUAAGAAACUGCUAACUUUCUUGCAUUUUUGUUUGUGUGGUAAGCAUGAUAUCCCACCCUUUAACCGCUGUGAGCGCCUCCACCAGCGCUGCCCAAACUUUUACCGCUGAGGGCCACACACUGACAAAUUAAAGGAUGCGGGGGCCACUUGAGUAGUUUUCACUUUCAAAACCGGUACAAUAUAGGGAUUGAAAUGCUAAUAGUUAGCAUGCUAACCAGAUGGCAAAUAUGAGCAAAAUUAGCUCAAAAAGCUAGCAUGCUAACAAUAGUUACCAUUAGUGAAAUACCAAAAUAGAUGACGUUAGGUGUCUAAAAAAAAAAAAAAGCAUGCUAAUGUUAGCAUGCUAAAAUGCUAACUGUAAGGUGUCAAGUACCAAAAUAUAUUACUCAGGUGUGUUACUGGGAAAACAUUUUUUUUUUUAAAUUUUAGCAUGCUAACAUUAGCACAUUUUAAGUAAAUUAGCUAAAGACAAGUUGGCAUCCCAACAUAACAUGCCAACAGGUAUCAUGUUUGAUGCUGAUGUGUAUACCUGCAAAAUUAGCUAAAGACGCUAGCAUGAUAAUGUCAACAUGCUAAAAUGUAAACUGUAACUUGUGUCAAGUAUCUGAGGUGUGUACCUGGAAAAAUGUGUUUAAAAUGUUAGGAUGCUAACAUUAGCAUAUGUCAAAAUUAUCUCAAUUUUGACUUCUUAUCCCUUAAUUUUGACUUAUUUCAUAAUUUGUACUUUUUAUUUCAUAAUUUUGACGUUUUGUCUCAUAAAUGUGACUUUGUAUCUCAUAAUUUUUUAUCACAUAAAUUUGACUUUUAAUCCCACAAAUGUGACUUUUUGUCUCAUAACUUGGACUUUUUAUUCCAUCAUUUUGACUUUUUAUUUAAUAAUUUUUGACUUUUUAUUUCAUAAUCUUGACUUUUUGUCUCAUAAUUGGGACUUUAUAUCUCAUAAUUUUGACUUUUUGUCUCAUAACUUCAAAUUUAUUUCUCAUAAUUUGUACUUUUUAUCCCAUAAUUUUGUCUUUUCAUCCCAUAAUUUUGACUUUCAUCCCAUAAUUUUGACUUUAUUUAUUAUGUAUUUAUUAUUGAAUUUCCUCAUUUUAACUUUUCUCAUAUUUGUAACUAUUUCACAAUUUUGACUUUCUUAUUUUCUAACUUUUUGUCUCAUAACUUUGACUUUCUAUACCAUCGUUUCAACUUUUGAUCUCAAUUUCGACUUUUUAUCCCAUAAUUUUGACAUAUUUAAUAAUUUUGGCUUUGUAUCUCAUAAUUUUGACUUUAUCGCUUAAGUUCGACAUUUUGUCUCUUAUUUUGACUCUUUAUUUCAAAAUAUUCCGUUUUUAUUCCAUAAUUUUGACUUUUAGUCUCAUAAUUGUGACAUUGUAUCUCAUAAAUGUGACUUUCUAUCUCAUAAUUUCAACUUUUUAUCCCAUAAUUUUGACUUUUUGUUUAAUAAUUUUAUCUAUCGCAUAAGUUCGACUUUUUGUCUCUUAAUUUUGACUUUUUAGCCAAUAAUUUUGAGUUUUUAUUUCAUAAUUUUGACUUUUUAGCCAAAAUUUUGAGUUUUUAUUUCAUAAUUUAGACUUUUUGUCUUAUAAUUGUGACUUUUUAUUUCAUAUUUUAGACUUUUUAUUUAACCAUUUUGACCUUUUGACUCAUUAAUGGUGUGUACCUGGAAAAAUGUGUUUAAAAUGUUAAAAUGCUAACAUUAGCAUACGUCAACUUGUGACUGAGCUGUAUGCCUAAAAAAAAGAUAGCGUAUUAACAUUAGCAUGGUAUAAUUUGUGAAGUAACAAAAAAUUUGACGUUGAGGCGUACACCUGCAAAUUUAGCAAAAAAAAGCUAGCAUACUAAUAUUAAAAUGCUAAAGAUAUAUAAAAAUAAAUGGCCCCUGCGCCACACUUUGGACACCCCUGACCUAAACCAUGCCCGUGCAUACUGCUUAAAUUGGGCCCCAAAGCAACAUUUUCUUUUGAACCCCCCACCAUUAGGCAUUUUUCACACUUUUUAUACUUUUAUAAUCAAACUUUAAUUUUAUUUGAUGCAUGUUGUGUACUAAAACAAAUCCUUGUGAAAUAAAUUAUAUAUAUUUUUAGCGCAAAACCACAUUUAACAAUCACAAUGUCGGUGUGUGGGAAAAUUUGCCAUUGCAUUCUUAUCAGUGACUGAGCAGGAAGGGGCCAGGGAUACUAUUCUGGUAUAGGGAUGUACGUAACACACGCACAUUAACUUUCUGUGUGAUGAGCUAAGCGACUUAGCAAAGUUGAACUACUAAAGUUAGCUAUCAUUGAAUGGAUAUUUUCUAACAACAUGAAUGCAUAUUGUUAGUUUGGACUGUUGUUGUUUAUUACUGUCACUACUUUAUUCCCCAGCAAUUUUCAUUGAAUAUCAUUAGUAAUAAUGAAAAAUGUAGACAUUUAUAAAAUAUUUUCAGAGUGUUUUGUCAAAGCACUAAUGGAAACAUAAGCUGGAGAUGUUAUUUAAUAUGUUUUGUUUGAGCAAGUUGCAAACAGCCCCUUUAACUAUUCAUCUGAUGACGUCUUCAUGUUUCCGUUAUCGACCAUGAAUGUAAUGUUUGAUUUCAACUAA